GGUGUUCCUCCAGAUGAACCAGACUUUGAAGGCGCAACUCCGCUGUGGCAUGCAUCCGCUCGUGGUCACACGGACACAGUCCGAGUUCUGCUAGAGACAAACGCUGUAGACGUCAAUGGAACAGGCCUUGGCAAAUACACGCCGCUAUUCAAUCCUGCCGCUUUGGAUUACGUGGAAGUGGUUAAAUUGCUUCUCGAUUACGGUGCACAACAGAACUAUAAGGACAAAGAUGGCAUGUCUCUGCUUACAAUUGCACAUAUGGGUGGACAAACAAAGAUAGUUGAGAUUCUUGAGGCCCGGAAUGUUUGA